AUAAAUGUCGGUAAAAGACAAAACUCAUAACAAUUUGUGUCAGUCUAGGUCAAAAGUAAAUGCUGUUUUAUACUUAAAUCAAUUUUUAAUUAGCUAAGAUUUUUCUUCUCCUUUCACUUUAAAAAAUUUUUAUAUAAAAUUUUCUAAAUUAUCAACGUGGUGCUAUGGCUGGUUUGAUAAAAACUACUUUGCCAAAUUAUUUAUCUGGUUUACCUAUUCCUGACACCUUUACUGGAUGGUUUAAAUUGUCAUUUACUGAUUGGCUGUCGCUGGUGCCUCCCGCAGCUGUCGCAGCCGGUUUGGGUUAUACCUUUUAUUUGGCUUAUUGUCCUGAGGCUAGAAAAGGUUGCACUCCUCCAGGACGUUGCAAUCAAUCGGUACGUAAAUCUGAGGCUAAAGUUGUCGACACGAUUGACGUCGAAGAUAUAGCCGAAAAGGCGGCAUUUUGUCGCUGUUGGAAAUCAAAAAAUUGGCCCUAUUGUGACGGCAGCCAUGGCGAACAUAAUAAGAAAACUGGUGAUAACGUUGGUCCUGUUGUAAUUAAAAGACGCUCCUAAAUCAAUUGAUCAACGUCAGUACAGGUUUUUUUAAAGCUUUUAAAAAGCAUUUUCUUUUUUAAACAGAAUUCACAUUUGUUUGGAAUUUAACCGGUUAAUAGCUUCUAGUUUGCUAUCUAAGUAUAAAGUCAUAUAAAUCGUGUUCGUAACAAUAAUUUGUUUUCUUUGUGUCUAAUUUAUCCAUAAAUAUUGUUCUGCAGUUUUGGCAAAUAAACAAAAAAAAUUGAUCGAUAAUAA